AUGCGUUUGACUCGUUUCGUGGAGUUUGGCCGUAAGAUAGUGUGUGUCGGCAAGAACUAUGGCAAACACGCCCAAGAAAUGGGGGGUAAAGUGCCCGACAAACCACUCAUCUUCUUAAAGCCCGAAGUGUGUGUUGACUCAAUUGAGUCCAUAGUGUCCGCUAAUAAUGCCGGCGCUCAUCGUAUUGAACUGUACAGUGCUUUAGAAAUAGGGGGUCUGACACCUACUAUAGGCUUAGUAAAGCAAACACAAGAGUUAUGUCCAAAACUACCCAUUUGUGCGAUGAUUCGGCCCCGAAGUGGAGACUUCUGUUACUCCGACAAUGAGAUCCUUAUAAUGCAAAAAGAUAUUCAAAUAUUCAAGUCUAAUGGCGUGAAUGGGUUUGUGUUCGGGAUAUUAAGAACAGAUGGAACUAUAGAUACAAAGAAUUGCAAACUUCUAAUUGGUAUCAACUUUUACAAUAUUCUUGAUUCUCGACAAUAUUCUCACUUCAAAUAUAUAAUCAUUUUAGAGACCGCAGCACCACUUGAAUGCACUUUCCAUAGAGCUAUUUUCCAAUCAAUCAUAUCAUCGAUUUCAAUACAAAACUGUUUGGGUAUCUCAACGACACCACACUUUCCGCCCUGUAUUACGCGCUCGUGUUGUACCAAAUCAGUGGUGAAACAGUAG